AUGGAACUUUUCCUAAUUAACCGAUACGAUGAAACUACAGUCAAAAAUGAAGAAUUAGCAUCCAAAAAUCUCGAAAAACUUAAAAAGAAAAUUGAACUUAAGAGAAUUGAUAAAAUUAAGAAUGAAAUUUCGGAAAAAACUGCAGAGAAUUCUAGUGAACAUGAAAACUCUUCUGAUGAAGAGGAAAUUGAAAAUGAGGAACCCAAGAAAAAGAAGAAAUGUUUUUCUUUGGAAACAGAAGGAGAUUCAAAUAAAUCUGAGAAUACAGAAAUUGAAGAUGAAACCAAUGCACACAAUAACGAAACAGUAGAAGACCACGGUUUUUCAAUUAUGCCGGAACAUAAAAUGGAAAAAGUUGCUCCGAUUAAAAUGCUUUUACCGUAUUGGAUGGCAAAUCCUGAUCUUAUAAGUGGAGAUUUAACAACAAAAGGUCCUGCAAUCGCUUCAUUCGAUUAUCUUUGCGAAACUCUUAAGAAGAACUUGAAGAGCAUGAAAAUAGUAAACUUAUUUCCAGUUCAAGAAACUCUCAUUCCUUGGAUUCUUCAUGUUAAUAAAAUGCCACCGCCUUUUCGACCAAGAGAUGCUUGUGUGUCAGCAGUGACUGGAAGUGGAAAAACGUUGAGCUAUGCUUUGCCAAUUGUACAGCAUAUUUUUGAUACUCGCACUAACUGUAAGCUCAGAGCACUUGUUAUUCUACCAGUUCAUGAAUUAGCCAAGCAAGUUUUUAAUGUGUUUGAUAAAUUGUGCAACAAUUUAAAAAUUCGCGUGAUUCUACUGACAAAACGUCGAAAUUUUGAACUUGAACAAAAGCUGAUUUUAAAUGAUGACGGAGAAUCAAAAGUAGACAUUGUGGUGACUACUGGAGGUCGUUUAGUUGAACAUCUUUUCUAUACAAAACUUUUUAAUUUGAAAGAUUUGAAGUUUCUUGUGAUUGAUGAAGCAGAUCACGCCAUGUCACAAGUCCAUAACGAUUGGUAUCAUCAUUACAUUCAACAUAUUGGAGUUUCAAAUGAAUUGCAAUCAAAUCGGUUAAGUUUCCGUGACUUAUUAAUGCAAAUGAAAGACGAUGGAGGUUGUCGAAUUCCUCAAAAAUUACUCUUCUCAGCAACUUUGAGCCAAGAUCCCGAGAAACUUAACAUGUUCAACCUUUUCCAACCCAAACUAUUCACAACAAUGUAUAGCAGCAAUGAAGAAUUAUUGAAGGUCACUUUGGCUAAUCAAAAAGAAGAGCACAGAGGAAACUUCCUGGGAAAAUAUACAACACCAGUCGAACUUUCAGAGUUUUAUUGCAUCACCGAAUAUAAACUCAAACCUUUGACCUUAUAUGGACUCAUUAAGAAGAAUAAUUGGCGACGAUUCCUUUGCUUUACAAACACUAUAGAAACAUCGCAUCGUUUAUCGUUUGUUUUGCAGACUCUUCUUGGAACUGAUUUGGUAAUUGAAGAACUUUCUUCUCUGCUACCAAUAAAGAUUCGUCAGAAAGUUCUCCAAAAUUUUAACGAUGGUAAAGUGAAUGCCAUUAUUUGCAGUGAUGCUCUAGCUCGUGGUAUUGAUGUUCCGAAUAUUGAAGCUGUUAUAUCGUAUGACUUACCAAAACAUUUGAAAACUUACAUUCAUAGAAUUGGAAGAACUGCAAGAGCAGGAAAUAAAGGAACUGCUGCUACAAUCAUUGCGCCUGAUCAAAUUAAAAGUUUUGAAAAACUUUUAGAAACAGCUAACAAAACUUCUGUUGCAGAAAUGAAGCCUGAUCAUGAACUCGAGGAAGCAAAUGCUUUGAAAUAUGCAAAUACUUUAAAACAACUACAAAAAGCUUUGGAAUUGGAAGAACGACAACUCAAAAAAUCCAAGUCAAAGCCUACAAGCGUGUCACUAUUUGAAAAGCUUCAACGGCAAGUGAAAGAAGACGACUUGCCAUAUGAAGCCCUUCCUGAAUCUUGGAAACCAGAAAACCUUCAAGCAUCAUAA